GGCGUUGAUAGUUCUUCCCCUAGAGCAGCACGAGGACUUGAUGGGCAUCAUUACGGUCUACUAGUUUUUUUUCAUCCACCAGGUCGUUGGAGAGAAAUCAGGCCGUAUUGAUAAUUUGAAUUUUUGUAAAGGUAACGAGUCGUGCCAAUAUUUGACCUUGUUGGCGUGCAGUGAAAGUAGGUAAUCGUUUCUCGUCAUUUGACGCAUAACACACAGGAGGAAUAGCACUUCUGGCACCUCGCUAGUACCCACGGCAUCCACUGCUAACUUGCCACACGACGGAAACAAGCCUCUUCUUCUCGGUUACCGAAAGCGGCGUGGCUGAAGUAGAUUCUGCUCUAUCUCCUACGCUUCAAGGAAGGUUCUUGUUCCAUGUCCUACAGAUGUACCAGUAAAGGGGGAGCAUAAUUCAUCUUGUUGAGAGCUGAGACCUCAGGACAUCUUCUACUAGGCGUCGGUGCACAUGGCACUCUGACUCGAUCGACGCUACUGAACUUGAAUAGUCAAAACUCAUCAAGACGAACAUGGAUGUGAUUCCACGCGCAGCUGUCCGGCGAGGGCUUGGCGGUGAUCGCACUGCUUGUGCUGCGUUGUGUAGGAGGAAUUUCGCUCAAAACGUAUCUUCACAACAUACCACAACUACUAGUACGAGGAGAAUAGGUACAACUUGUACUACUAGUAGUAGUGGGAAGCUUUUUCCUGCAGGUAGUAGUUGUGGCCUUUUCCCGCCCAGUUGUACUACAAGCAGAAGUACUAAUAGUCGGCGUGGUGUUACUACAACUACGGGUAGUCGGAUUUCUCCUCCUACAAGCAGUAGUCGCUUUAUUUCUCCUGCACAUGCCUCCUGCUUGUUCAACAGCAGGUGGCCAAGAACACCAUGGCCGCAUGAUAGGUGUGCAACGACCUUAGCCAGUAGUAGUACUCCAACAGCGACACGUUCUUCUAGUACACAGGCACAUCAACAUCUUCAAGGCACAACACAUACACGAGCUGCACAUCAAGUACAUCAAGUCAACAAGAUGUUUCCAACAACGUCCUUUGCAUCUUCUUCGUUUUCAAGGGUUACAGCCGCUCAAACAUGGUGUCCUUCUUCGUCCUUCUCUUCUGAAGAGGUUUCGACGUCGGGAGACAAGAAUCACCGUGAACAGUGGUCUUCCUCUUCAUCAAGUGCAAAGUGGCAUUUCCUCAGCAUUUUUGCCUUAAGGCAGCUCAACAUCUCAGAAAGAUCUUUAUAUAUUUAUAAUUUCCUAGAUUGAUGAAUGAUCUGCUCUUGUAGUGUUGUAAUCGUGAUGUUCUCUAAGGAACGCCUCUCCGAUCAUGACGGGACUUCUUGUAGCAAGCAGCAAGACCGCACUCGCAGACUACCUGGUGCAACGAUUCGUAGAGGGCAGAGAGCAGUUGGAUACCACGCGAGCCCUUGUAUUCGCGACGUGGGGACUGGUUUGGCUAGGAGGUGUCCAGUAUUUCAUCCAGGUUUACCUGUUCGCACAUCGUCUCUUUCCAACAGCUGCAGCAUUUGCGGCGAAGGUAGUGUUUGUUUGAAAGUUUGUAUCUACAACUACAUGAAUCUUUUGCUUCCUCAAUAUUAAAUCGUAGUUAAAGUUAUGAUAUUACAAGUAGUAGUACAGCAGGGUAGAAGAAGUACAACCAAAGGGAACUAGAUGAAGUCGCCUCUUCUAACUGGUCGUGACCAUCGACCCCGCACUCCUUUCUCGAUCCCCACAAGCACAACCAGCCUUGGGCCGCGUUAAAAAAGUUCGAGAUCCUUGCAUCUUUUUCCAUCUUUCCAUCUCCACAGCCUUGGGCGUUAAAGCUUCGAGACCGAGCGGGACAGAAGAUCGUAGCUAAGCAGGUGUUCUUGGAUCAGUUUGUGCAUCAUCCUUUCGCCUUCUUUCCCGCUUUCUAUUCCGUGAAGGCAUUCAUGGAAGAAGAAGAGGAUCUACCUGCUGCGAACGCCUCUGGUGGUGCGACUUUUGUUAAGGCUUGUUGUUGUUUUUCGCUAUCCUAUGUAUGUCGAGUGGACUAUGUAUGCCGAGUGGAGAAUCUGAAUCUUGAAGCUCCAUCCUGUGUUCAGGACGAUUGUUUUCAUCUCAAAUGUGAAAUAUACCCACUCGACCGCGUCAGGGGAUAGAGAAAAACUAGCGCUAAUUUUGCUGAGCGAUUCGAUGUGCUUGUGGCAUUUAUCGCAAGCGCUGUCCGGACUGGAGUCGGAACUUACUCGCAAAACUACAACAAGGAGGAUCUCCUCACGUGUUGGCAGGUAAAAAAAGAUCAUUGUGAUCAUCAUACAAAAUUCAAAAUUCUGAAAUGAAAUGAUUACUCUACCUCGUCGAGUAAGAAAGACAAAGAAAUAGAUACUUCUACCAGUACACCUUCUAGACAUAGACUUCUCAGAACGUGCAUGUGCAUGUCAUCAAUAUUAAAGUCAAUGAAUAAUUAUAUUACAUCAUUUAAAUACUCACUGCCAUCUACAUCGUCUCACCAACAACUUACUACAGAUUUGGGUUCCCGCAAUGACGUUGAAUUUCUCGAUUUGUCCUUUGUGGGCUAGGGUUCCCUUUGUGGCAGGCGUGUCGCUGUUUUUCACCAUGUUACUGUCGGCGCGCCGCGGAGCACCUACCCCCUCUUCGCAAGUAAAAGACAACACAUGAUCACGGAAAUCUUAGGCAAGCGGCCCAAUCGCUUCGUUCACAGGUCAGAUUGAGACAUGAUAGACAUGGAUGCUUAUUUGGUAAAAACAUAGGAUAAGGAUGUCCAUGUCGUGGCAACAUAUCAUAUUGUGCAGUUCCCCAACCCCAACCAACAUUGAAAUGAAAUUCUUGCUAAGAUACAAGUUUGUGAAGAAAUGAAUGAAGUUUGUGCUACGAAUUGAAAUAUGUAGGCGCACGCGCAAUUAUAUAUCGUUUCUUCCGAUGUUACAUUAUAUAUGGUGUGACAAUGUCAGAGUGCUGAGGACUCGAGUAGCAUUCGGGUUUUCAGUUUCCUCCAGUUGUUUAAAAAGAACCAAGUACAUUGUCUUUCCAGUGUCGAAAAAAGAGGUACUUGUACAUGUCCAACCAUCUAGAUUGUCUUGCACCAGUAUCUAUAGUAUAAGUAUAAUGCUACUUUCCUAGUAGGAAGAUCAACAGUAGAAGUUAGUACAGCUCGCGCUGCAACAUGAUCAUGAUGCAAUUGAAUACUAAUAGUACAUAGCCGAAAUCGAAAAUAGUUUCAUUUGUACCUAGUAUUGAUCUUCCGGAGCUCGAUGUGCAGGAUUAAUAACCUAAUAAACUAACCUUCCUUCAUAUUUGAAGGUAUCGUGUGGGGCACAGCCACAAUUUUGAUUUUUUGAGUUUUUGGGUCUCCUCUAUGAAUCCUACUUGCUAGGAUUAAUUUCGUAUUACACCAAGUUGUUCAUCAUCUUACCCUAAUUAGCCUAAGUACUAACCAAAUGAGAAUUUAAGUAACCGAGCUAACCCAACUGAACUGAGGAACACGACGAAAGACUUUCUUGAUGAUUCACC